GCGGUGUGACAUCACUCCCGUUUGCUCCACUUGAAACCAGAAGCAAGGUUUAGGGUUUGGGGAACAAGUCCAGGAGGCUGCGUCUUCUGAUGAGACAGAUAAAGCGAAUGUAGUUUGAAACAGAUCAACGUUUAGGGGGUUUAUAUUAGAAAUAGAGGUUCGGUUUGGCGCCGGUUUGUUCUUCACCCUCUUUUGGACCCGGCUCGGCUUGAAUCGUGGGUGCUCACACACACCCUUACACCCCGGACAUGGCGGGUCUCCGAGGUCUGAUGAUCUUGCUGGUCCUGAUGGUUGGUUUGGCUCGCUGUAAAGACAACACCACAGUCAAUACCUCACCUGCAAGCACCUCAAAUGAGACUCCAAACACCAACCAGUCAUCUUCUGAGACAAAACUCUCACCUGCAAGCACCUCAAAUGAGACUCCAAACACCAACCAGUCAUCUUCUCAGACAAACACAACCAUGACGCCCACCACAGCUCAACCCAAACCAGAUCCAAAGUGUUCCUACAGUGUUGAGACGAUCGAGUUUGGUCUGAAGAUACAGAUGACAGAUUUUACUCCUAACAACUUCACCGUAUAUGUUGCUGAGAUCCGAGAUUCAUUUGAAAGGAAAGGCAAUUUUAACACCAGUAAAAACUCAACUUAUGUCAUCAAACCUCUGAAGCCGUGCACUGAAUAUGAGCUAAAAGUCACAUUUAGUGACUCCAAUGGUGCAGAAAUAUCCUGUAACUCAACCAAAGAUAAAACAACAACUACUGGAAUGACUGAUCGAGACAUAAAAAAAGCAUCCUGCCCUCCUGGAUAUUUCUGUUACCAAAGUGAUUGGAACAUCAACUCUUUACUAUCAGAAAACAACAAAGUUUCAAUUGAAGAUUUCAAGAAUGGAUCGUAUCGUUUCAAACACGUUUAUGACGACAUGUGUUCAGAUUUAGUUUUAACGUUCCCAGAAAGCUGCUCCAAUGCCACAUUUACCAAAUCUGAAAACUUCACUGUUGAUUUCAUUGAUCCAAAGGACAUAAAUCAGACUAAACCUGAUAAACUUCCUGCAGAGAUAAUACCAAAGUUUCCAUCAAGAUGUAAAAAUCUCAGUGUUGAUUAUAAAUGUUCAGGUGAGUAA